UUCAAAACGAACAACGCAAGCAAAGACAAGGAGCGUACAAGUGAAGAAAAAAAUUAAAUUUCUCCUUAAAAAAGCUACAAAAUCGUUUAAAACUAGUGAAUUUUAUGGAAAAUAUCGUGUACAUAAUCUACAGUUUUUGUGUAUUUUCGAAAAAUUGACAAACGAAGGCUUGAAAAAAGCCAGUGAAAACGGAAAAUAUUUUUUUAGAAAGUUCACACAAAAAAAAUUGAUGAACUGAAGAAAAAAACAAAGAUACAUACGCACGCACACACACAGCCAGCCAGCUAGCCAGUGAAUUGUGUAUCGGUGGUGAAAAAGGUGUACUAAAAAGUAAUAAUUUUAGUACAAGCCAUUUUUAGAUGACAAUUUAUUGUUUGUUUUCGUCGUUUUUCAAAACAAAACACAAUUUGUAAAUGGCUUUUAAAGGUACACAUAUGAAAUAUAUGUAUGUACACAAUGGAAAAUAACAGCAAACCAAUUCUGCAAAGUUCAAUAAAUUGUUCGAAGUAAGGAUAAGGGAUCGAGAGAACAAAUCAAUAGCCCCAAAUAAUUGAACUUAAAAGUAAAGAAUAAAAUUCACUAAGCGAUUGGAGAGACUUAAUACAAAUGUGAGAAGCCCCGCAGUUUUAAUUUCGUAGAAAAAAAUUCAAUUGUGAUAAAAAGCAAAGAAAACCGAACGAAUAUUGACAACUACAAAGUAAAGUGUACAAAAUAAAACAAAAAAGGAUAAUUGGAACGAAGUUAAAACAUGGAAAUUGCCUUAAAUUCGGAUACACCAGGAGGUUUCAAACAUGAAAAUGCUUUAGCCUCCAAUAAUGGACUAGCGCUCCUUGCAUCACUUACGCUUAAAAAUGCACUAAAUAUCAACAGUAAUAACAAUAAUAACAACAACAACUAUAAAAAUAACAAUAACACAAAAAACAACACCAUCACAGCAGCAGUAGCAUCAACAGCAUCACUACACCAACACCAACAACAACAGCCGCAAUAUGUUUCUUCAGCUAAGAUCUCCUCAACAUCGUUGUCGUCCUCAUCUUCAUUGGUGGUGUCUAAUUCAGCACUGCAAUUCCAAAAACCGCAUCAACAACCACAGACGCCACAGAUACAAGAACUUAAGUUAUUUACAUUUAAUGGACUACCGGAACAACAACAACACCACCACAGUGUAGUGGAAGCAGCAGCAGUAGUGGCAUCUUCUGCCAGCAUUUCAACAACCACCAGAACAACUUUAAAUGGACCUGAUCAUCAUCAACAACAACAACAACAGACCACGGCCACGGUUGCCAUAGCAGCCGGCUUAGUUCCCUCUUCCUCCUCUUCGUCCUUGACAACCUCAGCCACCGCUAACAAAAAUUCUUCCUCGACAUCAACGAAUCAUCAGCAACAUAAUCAUUAUCAUCAGACAAAUACCACCACCACCACCUCUAGUGCAAAAGAUCCUACCACAGCUUUAAUUGAAGCCUUAUCUAUAAAACCAACAGGAACAACAACAAAGAAACAAAAUCAAAACCAACAACAGCAGCAAGUGGGAACAGCAACAACAUCAGCUACAACCACAUCGACAUCAUCAACAGCUGUGAUAAAUGGUGGUAAUGGCACAGGUGGAGGAGGUGCAGGCGGCAAUGGCAGCAAAAAUAAUUUUAAAAUUCCGUCCGAUAUACUUGAUGAUCUGGCCAGUCGUUUCAUUAUCAACGUGCCCGACAUGGAGCUAAGCAAUAUGAUACGUAUAUGCUUUCAAAUCGAGUUGGCCCAUUGGUUUUAUUUGGACUUCUUUUGUGCCUCCGAGGAGGACAAUAAACUGCAAACUUGUGGUAUUAAAACAUUUGCUAUGCAAUUAUUUCAGCAUAUACCAUUCCUACAACAACAUUUAUCUUCGGUAGAUAAAAUCUUGGAAGAUUGGAAAAAUUACAAGUUAUCGGUGCCAACAUUUGGGGCUAUACUUAUAUCGGAGGAUCUCAACUAUUGCCUGUUAGUGCAAUCAUAUUUUGCCAAAAGUUCAUGGGGUUUCCCAAAGGGAAAGGUUAAUGAAAACGAAGAUCCGGUACACUGUGCCACCAGAGAGGUUUUUGAGGAAACCGGCUACGAUAUCACCGAACUAAUUGUACCAAAUGAUUACAUUGAAGCUGUUAUCAAUUAUCAAUACACUCGCCUGUAUAUAGUGCGCGAUGUUUCGUUAGAAACGAAAUUCUCACCGCGCACACGUAAUGAGAUUAAAUGCUGUGAUUGGUUUCCCAUUGAUUCAUUGCCUGUUAAUCGUAAUGAUGCCAUAUCAAAAGCCAAAUUAGGCAUAAAUGCCAAUUCCUUUUUUAUGAUAAUACCAUUUGUGAAGCGCUUAAAGAAGUGGGUUAACGACAAGCGAAAUGGUGUUGAGACACGUCGUCGCAAAUUCUCUGGCGGCGGUGGCGUUGGUGGUUCACCCACAUCCACCUCCCCCGUGACCACAUUCAAUAGCAACCACAACAAUGGUCUGCCACAACAAACCAAAUCUAGUUGUAAAAAAUCCAAGCAUUUGCAACAGCGUAACAAUAUAAAUAAUACUAAUAAUAAUACCAAUAAUAAUGAUGAUAAAAAUGCCUUAAACGGUGGUGCUUUGGCUGCAUCAUCCAUAUCCUGCAAUGGGAAUACAUGUUCCAAUAAUAAUAAUAAUAACAAUACAAAUAAUAAUAAUAACAGCAAUUCAAAUCGUUCUAAAAGACAACGCCAUAAAUCCAUGGGUGAUUUGGAUGGUAUUAAAUUAAAUAAUAAUUUUAACUAUAAUAAUAAUAACAACAACAACAAUAUCUGUAAUAAUAAUCAAAGUAAUUGUAAGACAUUAAACAACAACAACAAUAACUGUGGUUCUACUAUAACAAAUCAGCAACAACAACAAUCAUCAAAUUUAUCAACGACAAACGCCACAACUAGUGGUGUAAACACCCAAAACAGCAACAACAACAACAUCAAUAACAGCAAUCAAAAAAGGCAUUCAAAACUUGUUGCUGCUGGCAGCAAUGUUUCCAAUAACAACAACAACAACAACAACAACAAUGGUUGCAACAAUACCAAUAACAACAAUGUUAAUAAUUCAACAACAGCAACAUCAUCAUCGUCAUCAUCUUCAAAGCGUCAAUUGUUCCACAGCCAAAGUCAUUGCAGCAAUUUACACCAACAACAAAAUGGUGAAAAGAUUAUAAGUUCGUUUGAUUUGAUACGUAAAGAGAAACAACAAAUGAAAGCAGCUAUGGCAAAAUCUCAGAAACAGCAGCAGAACAAUUUAAGUGGACGUCAAAGGGCCAAGUCGCAAAGUGAUAAGAUGUGUAUGCAACAACAUUAUCAACAGCAACAGCAACAACAACAAUUGAAUCAUAAAAAUACAAAUGUAAAUAAUACCGUUAACACAAACAAACAACAACAACAACAGCCGCCACCACCACCACAACGUUUAUUGAAACAACAAUCAAUGAUUGUUACCAAUUCCACAAUGAUGUUGAGUACAAAUAGCAGCAACAAUAAAACCAACAAUCAUCUUCAUCAUCAUAACCACAAUAACAACAACAAUAAAAUGAAUGUAAAUACAAAUAACAACAACAACAACAAUACAGGUUAUCGUACCCCAACGCCACCACCUUUAAGUGGCAAUGAUUUGUUGGCAUUAGCCGCUGCUGCAGCUGCCAAUGGUUUUAUCAACAAUACCACCAAUACCAUUUUACAACAACAGAACAACAAGGUCAUCAACAAUUCUGGUGGCGGUGGUGUCCAAUUGAAGCCACGUCCUUCAUCAGUAUCAUUGCAUUUCCCCGAAAUGGUCUCAUUGAAACGAGAAAACACUGAUUUGCAUACAAUGCAACAGUUACAGCAGCAGCAGCCGCAAUUGCAACGCAUGGCAUCGGGUACAAAUCUACGCAUACUUAGACGUUCAACAUCUCAUCAGCCACAGCAGCAGCAACAACAAAGGCAGUCUUUUACACCAAGUUUCAAUUCAUGGACUAAUUUUACAUUUACCAAAAAUUUUAUGGCCAAUGUUUUUUGUUAAAUGAGAUUUUUUCUUCAGCGAAAAAAUUUUCUACAAAAUUUGGUGAAUUUUUCUUUUCAUAUCAGAAAAACAAAAAAAAGAAAAGAAAAACAUCUAAAGGACGCUUUUGUGAAGGUGAUUUUUUUAUUAUUAUUGUUUUCUUUUUUGUUUUAUAAAUUGAAAAAUUUUUGGUACUUGGUUUUUAUUUUUGGUUUUUUUAUUAGUUUUGAAAAACAAAAUUGAAAUUCUCAAAAUAUUUUUUUAAAGUAGUACCAAAAUUUGUUCAAUUUUUUUAUUUUAUUUUUUGUUUAUUUUUUUUUCUUAUUUUGCUUUUUAAUUUUCCCUCCCCCCUUUGACAAAUUGAAUUAAAACUUACAAUGACCGCCCCUCCCCCCACAAACAUAUGGAAUAUGAAGUGAAAUUCUUAUUUCAAAUAAUGUAUUCAAAUAAUUGCUCAAACUACUUAAAAAGCUUUAGCCGUAUUCAAAAUAUUUUCUGCAAUUAUUUUCUUUUCUUUUUUUGGUUUCAGUUUUUGUAAAUCUAAUUUCUAUGCUUAUCCUUAAAUUUUAAUGUAUAGUUUAAAACAUGGCCUAUAUAUAGUCGGCCAGUAAGAAGGCCAUCUGACAACUAAAGUUGAGAGAGCAUAGAAGGCUUUUCUAACUGGCUUCUUCGUAGAGAAACAAUGGAGUUUUAGGUUGACUCUGUUCGAUUUUGGCCUUACGCUCCUUUGUUUUUUUACAAAAAAAAAAGGGAGUAAAUGGCUUAAGUCAUUCAAAAAAAUGUUUUAUGUAUUCUCACCUUAAGUUUGCUUGCUAUCACAAGAUACAUAUUGUGAUUUAGAAUUUAAAGAAAGUCGCAUCAAAAAGUUUAAAAACUGCCAAGUUUUUUUGUCAUAUUGUUAGAAGCAAUCUUCCUGGCCGACGACCAUAUGUAAGCCUUGAUUUAAAAUUCCAUUUGACAGCCUAUUUUGUAUUUAAUGUAAGUUUGAAUUUUAUUUCUCUUUUUUGUGAUUUCAUUUUUAAAAAAUUUUUAAGUUCAAAUAUUAUUUCUUUUUAAUUUUGCAUGAUAUUUUUAGUUUAUACUCUAUCCCCUCCCCCCAUCCCCCAAUGAAACCCAAAUUCCUUACCAUACAAAUUGUUAGUUUUCCUUAAGAGUAUCAGAAAUGGAAAAGAAAACCCCUGUAAUGCUUGAAAUUUAUUAUUGUUCUUUGAGUGAUAGAAAAUGAUGAAGGAAAAAAAGCAAUUAGUGAAAUUUACCCACCACUAGAUUCAACUGCCUUUUUUGUAGGACAUUCUUAAGAUAUCUUAACACAAUUCAAUAACCCUUUAGCCUAUACCAAAUUCUCUUAAACGGGUUUAAAUGGCAAUAUCUUAAUGUUAAUUUAAUUUCCUUAAGAGAAAUGUAGUUUAUUUUUUCUUUUUGUAAAUACACCAUUAAAAAGAUGUGGACUUAGUGGUCCUAUACAUCCACCAAAAAUUGUUUUUUAAAAAGAGAUUUUUUUUGCUUGAAAACUAGUUUCAUAAAGAUUAAAUUUUUAUGUCCUCACUGCUUCCACAUCGAAACAAGCAUACAUUUCGUUUCCCUUGAUGAUAGCUCUUUUUGGGAAAAUUUCAAAUUGUUACAAAUUUUUAUGGAAUUUCUCUUUGAAACUUUUUGUUUUAGAAAACUUCAAAGGGGAUCAAUAAAAAUAUGGAUUAUUAUUAAACAACAACACCCCUCCCCAUCUUUCAAUCAAGUAUCAAUUCCACCAAAAGAAUACUUGAAGAGAUGAAAAAGAAAACAAAAGAUUUAAAUCCAAACUUUAAUUUUUCAAAAAACCUAAACCUUAAAUCGUGAAACCUUAAAAAUCGUAAAAAUUCCUCAUGUUUUUGAAUUGUUUAUGCAUUUGGUAAAUUAAAUUAACUUUUGAAGACCUAAAGCAAAUCCUCAAUAAUUUUUUUUUUUUUAAUGCACAGCAUUCACCAUUAAAAUGCGUUUUUUUUUUGUCAUAAAAUAUCUCCUUUGAGGACUUUUAAUUCAGCCUAAAAGUAUGCUUUAAUUUUCUUAAACAAAGUACACACUUAACGUUCUCCUGAGUAAAAGCAUAAAUAAUAUAUGUAUUAAUAGUGGUGAGAGACUCUCUUGCCCUGCGAAUUGAAUGGCAAUUAAGAAUCGAAAGAGAAUAUGUGUGCUUUUUCGUUCGAGGAUGCUAAUAUAAUCGUUUGUUUUCUUUUUUCAUCAUCGAAUUUAAACAAAUAUUUAAGAAAAUUGCAAAAUUAUUUUUUCUUUCUUUUGGAAAACCAAAACAAACACCCGAAAGUCCUCAAAACUAAAACAAGUCUUCCUCUCUUAAAAAAAAAAAAAAAAACAAAUAACAAAAAGAAUAUUGGAAUGUUUAACAAAAUUAAAUAAUGAAAUUUUCUUUCGAAACAUAAUUUUCUUAAAUAUUUGUUUAAAAUAUAUAUACCCCACUCCCCCUAUAAACAAACAACAACAAUCCCUUUUUCUAAACAAAAAAUUACCAAACAAACGAAUUAUUAUUCAUAUUUAAAUAUAUAUAUGAAACAAAGCCUGGAAGAAGGAACCCAGCAUAUAUAGCAUAAGAAAACUACUAUUCUCAACAAAACAAUUUUCAAAUUUCCAUUUAUUUUUGUUGAAUACAGUUUUGAGAAUAAUUUGUAACAUGUCCUAAAGAACUACAUGGGGAAUUUUUAUUUAAUUUUUAUCUUUCCUCAUUUUAAAUGAAUGGGGAGAAACCAAAACAUGCAGGAAGAUUUAGAAUUUUUAAACCGAAACUGAACUGAAUCAAUUACUCUUGGAUUUUAUUUCACAUUUUAAUAACGAUAAUUAAAACAAAAUUUAGCACCUCCCAAAUAAUUUGGAAUGAGGACGAGUUGACGAAAGUGACAAAUUCAUUCCCCACAAGUGAAUAUUAAAAAUUGAACUGCAAAUCUCUCCAUUUGUAACUUUUUGAAGUUAAGUGGUAAAUUAUUUGAUAUUUGGGCCCUCAGCUUAAAUCCUAUAUAUCUUAAAAUCACUCGUAUUUGAAAGUUGUGUAUUAAAGUCCUGUUUUUUAUGAAUGCGAAAAAAAUUUCAAAUGUUUUUUUUUUAAACCGACCCACACUUUUUACUUUUUUAUUAUUUUAAUUAAAUCAACAAUUUUAAAAUAAAAUUUGAAAUUGUAUUUUUUGUUGGAAUUCACUUCCGUAUCGGCAUAUAGAAACAUGACCAAAAUACAAAAUGUUAAAUAAGAGGAUUUAAGCCCUUUAGGAUUUAAAUUGGGGGCUCGAAAUGUGAAACAGAUUUUAACAGGACUCGAAGAGCUACAAAGUGGGAAAUGUACAAUUCCAUUCAGCCUACCCAAUUGUUUUGUUGAGAAUUUUAUUUACUUAUAAGGCUUUUAUUUUUUAUAUUAAGGAUUUUGAAAAUCCUUUUUAUAAUAAAUUAUAUAUAUGAAACAAAAACACAAGAACAAUGUACAAACAAAAAACAACUCCAACCUGGUUUUUUGUAAACUAUAUAAAAAAAGAUGAGAUACUCUUACAUCAUCUGAUUAUUCCGUCUCGUUGGGAUUAGGGAAUUUCACAAGGCAUGGGUUUUGCAGAAACAAAGUUUUCAAAGAAUUCAUUUUUUAUAAAAAUUUAUGAAUUUAAAAAUGAAAGACUUCGAGACUUUAAAACUGAGUUCAUUUUGGAAUCCCCGUGUCCUAACGGGGCAUAAACGAUUUUAUUUAAUUUUAUAAAAUCUCAACAAGUUGUGAAGGUAAAAUGUGAAAAAGGAAACUUAUGGCAACAAAUUUUUAUAAAAAAUAUUUGAAUUAUGUAUUUUGUAAAUUAGGGGAUAUCCCAGCGUGGGAAUUUUGAAAAUUUCCUGAGAUCAAACCUUAUAAUUUCAAAUUUUCAACUUAAUUUUUAAAUAUCCAUCAUUUGUUUUUAUUUUUUUUUCAUUCGCUUAAAUUUUCUUUGGAUAUUGUAAAGAAGAUCUCAAAAUUGAAUUUUGAAUUUGGAAAAUUUCCUAACCUCAAAACUUUUUUGAAGAUAUCCAAAUUUGAGCUGAAAUUAGAUUCUUCCGGCAAUUGCAAUAAAAACAUCCUAAACCCCUUUCCAAUGUAUAUUAGAGAUGUAUCCAAGAGUGCAAAUCUUGAAUUUUGAAAUUUUCCUAACCUCAAACUUUUUGUGAGGUUAUGAUUUCAACUGAGUAUUGAAUUAUACAUCAUUUGUUUUUUUAUUUGCAUUUAUUUCAUUUAGACAUUGUUAAAAAGGUACAAGGGAGGAAAUUUUUGAAUUUUUUUAAAAAUUUCUAACCUCAACUUUUCUUGUGAGGUUAUGAUUUGAAAUAAACUGAAUUAUGAUUUUUUACGUCAAUUGCAAUAAAACCGGGUAUAAACACCUUUUUUUAAUGUAAAUUAGGCAUAUCCAAAGAAUAACAUUUUGAAAUCUUCCUAACCUCAAACUUUUUGUGAGGUUAUGAUUUCUAAAAAGAAGGAUCUUCGAAUUUUUCUGCCAAUUACAAGAAAACCGGCUCAAACAACGUUUUUAAUGUAAAUUAGGAACAUACAAGGGAGAACAUUUUGAAUUUUUAAAAUUUCCUAACCUCAAUCUUUUUGUUGAGGUUAUGAUUUAAAAAAAAAAAAACAGAUUUUUGAAUUUUCCCCCAAAUUACAAUAAAACCAGCUUCAACACCUUUUUCAAUGUAAAUUGGGAACAUCCAAGGGAACAAAUUUUGAAUUUUUUAAAUUUCCUAACCUCAAAUUUUUAUGUGAGGUUAUGAUUUAAAAUAAACUACAUUUUUUUUAAUGUAAAUUAGGGAUAUCCAAAGAAGUGAAUUUUGAUUUCCAACUGAUUUGUAAUUAUAUAAUAUUUUCAAAUACGGAUUCCAUUUCUCGACCUUGAAACGUUCCUUUUCACACUUUACCUCCACUACUUGCACAACAAAAUUUUGCCAAAAAUUUGUAAAUAGAUUGCAUAACAAAGACAACUCAAUAUUCCAUCCUUUGCAAUCCCAUCAAAUGUUUGACAAAAUUUUUGUUAAAAAAAUAAAACAUAUUUAAUAAACAAACAAAAAAAAAGAAUGGUUUUCUACACAACACAACAACAACAAAUAGUUUUGGUCAAUUAAUCAACAACAAAUGAAGGAGAAGAAAAAUGAAACCCGCCCAGUAACAAGGACAAAUAAAGUACAAUGUAUGUUGUGCAGUGAAAUAUUUGAAUAAUUUGUGAAAAAAUCUUAUUUUUCAAAACAAAAACGUUGACCUUUGAAUGUGAACAUUUUGAGAUACACGAAACAUCUUCUUUUAAUUAUUCUUGGAAAGUAUGGAAAAACAUUAUUAUUUUUGGCAAAGUGCAAAAUAAAAUCUUAUUUUUUAAGAGAAAACUUAAAACAUUGUCUUAAGAUUUGAGUUAAAACCUAAAAAUCCUUUAUCUGUAACAGAUCUCCUACUUAAUAUUAGUUAUGAAAUCAAUGUUUUUUUAAGGGGAAAUCAUUAAAUUGUUGGCAGCGUGUUUAUUUUCAGGAAAAAUAAAAUAAAAUUGUUCUAUGCAGAGACAUAUCAAAACCUCAAUUAAUAAAUUAAUUGAAUUCAAAUAAUGAAAUUAUAUAUCUCGAAAUCACAAUCAACAUGAAUUUCAAUAGAGAAUUAGAAAUAUUACCAAACAAAUGUCAAUACAAUUUAAUGUUUUCAUCUGGUGAAAUUUGAAGAUGAUGUUGUUGCCUUUACUUUUUAUGAUUUGAAAUGAGAUGAGAAUUUAAUUUUAUAUUGUACAUGUAUUUCAUUUAUAUAUAGACAUAUGUAUUGUUUUGCUAUGCAUUUGUUAUAACGAAUAUAUUUUGUUAUUAUCACAACAACAACAACAAAUUUAUAAUAUGAAAACCAACAAAAUAUUCUAAAGCACACCUUACAGCAUCAAAACCCUUAAUGCCACCCAAAAAUUAUACCACCUACCCAAAACUUUAUAUAUAAUUUCUUUUAUAUUACCAUAAGCCACCAUGUUACCUAAUUUGUAUCCAAUAAUCUUCCAACUAUUCAUAUUAUUGAUAUAGAAUCCUAUCUAAGACCAUAUGUUGUAAAUUAAAAAAAAAAAAAAGAAAAAUGUAAUAAUUGAAUUUCAAUGACAACGACGAUAAUUGGCUGCUGGUUCACAAAAAAAAAAUUUUUUUUGAAUUAUAUAUUUCCCCCCUCAUUGAUACCAGUUUGUUAACCCCUCUCCUCCUGUAUUAUUUAAGUUAUCCUCCACGAAAAAAACUGUGUUAUUGUAAAAUCAAAUUUAAAAUUAGACUUUAUUUUGUACUUUUGAACAAAAUCGACACACCAUCCAAAUGUAAUGUGUAUAAAAUAAAAAAGAAGAAUAAUUCGAGAAAAAAAGAAAAACGAAAAGAUUGAAAAUAAAUGCAAAGAAAACUAUGAAACACCAAAACAAGAACAGCAAAAAAAAAAAAAAACAAAA